GAUAGUUGAUACUAUUACUAAGUAGAAAACAACAUAAAUAUAUCGCAGGCCUAAAUAUAUUCCUGUCAUUUUGGUUUACGUGUGCUCAGUACUGGGGUAACUUUGGUUUUAUUAGCAUCUGCCUGUGAUGUCUAGGCUUUUGUUUCCUUCAAAAAAGAGCGACAAUGACAGUCUUGUGAAGAGCAGUGGCGAUCACUGUGCGAUGAUGAAGUCGUCCGAUUCGAGAAUGAGACGGGGCAUGGGCAGCAAGAUUUCCACCAGCUUCCCUCAGAACCCUGGUAAAAUCGACACCAGCAACAUUGAGGUGGAGUACAUAAAGAAUCUACAACAACAGAUCUACUUCUUAGAACUCGAAGUCAGCUUCUUGAGAGAGCUGGCUAACAGGACGUCCAGUCUUCAUCCUGUCAUGACGGCAGAGGCUGAGAAAAUGCUCAGUAAACUCAGGGAUAUGCAGAGGGAAAUUGACCAGUUGAGAGCCGACUUGAGGAGAAAAGAUACUCAACUGGAGUUGUCUGAAGGAGAAAAACUUGGCCUACUCGAUAAGGUCAAGGUAUCUGAAGAUGACAAGACGCGCAGUAAGCGGAUGAUGGUGGAGGAGAUCAUCGACAUGAAGAAGCAGAUGGAGAUGCAGCGGAAAGAGAUGGCGCGUCGCGACAAUCAGAUCUCUGACCUUCAGGCCGUGGUCGAGCAGAAGACGAUCGCACUGCAGAGCAGCGAACACAAGGCAGAGGUGUUUCGCAACCAGAUUCUGCAGACUGAAGAUCAGCUAAAUAAGGCUAAGCUGCUGGUGGAGGAAAAGAGAGUGGAAGUGCUCAGGAAGGAGUCUUCCAUAAGAGAGAUGGAAGACAAAUUCUACAGCAGUACCGUGUCCGUUCAGGAAGCUGCCACUAAAGAUCUACGGGAAGAAAUCCGGUAUGUAAAGCACAAGUUAAAAGAGGCAGAGAUGAGUGCAGAUCAAGAAAGGUACCUACGUAGCAAGAUUGGAGAUGAUAAAGCCUCUUUGAUAAAGGAAAAUUCUUCUUUAGCCUCUCAACUUUUGGAACUGCAGAAAACAAGAGAUUUGGAGAAAACGUUGAAGGACCAGCAGGAGGGCAGGAGAACUGCAGAGAUAUCUGAGCUGGUACUGCUUAGAGACAGGGAGAAGGACCUCCAGCGACAAGUCACACAGCUCACCGAACAAGUCACCGACGAGAGGAGCAAAUGCACCAAGUAUAUCGACGAUAUGGGGAGGUUAGAACGGAUAAACACUAGUAAGGACAUAGAGAGCACGUCCAUGAAAACACGGCUGACUGAUGUAGAGGGUGUAAAGACCAACAUUGAAAGAGACGUCUAUCAACUGCGCAGGGACAAAAGUGUGCUUGUGGAUCACGUGGCUGAGCUACAGCAGCAGAUCAAACGCAAGGACGACCAGAUUCUUCGGCUGAAGGCAGAGAUGCACGCACUGCAGAGUCGCAUCUCCUCGCUGACGGACGAGAACCAGAUGCAGCGAUCGAUGCAGACCCAGAAGUGGGAGGAGUUUGAGAAGCUCGCCGAGGGCAUGAAGAACCUCAGUCGCACGAUGAGCAUCCAGUCGUCGAGGAAAGAAAAGAGCACGCCUUUCUGAUGACCUCGUCCAGUCGUCGAGGAAAGACAAGAGCACGCCUUUCGGAUGACCUUGUCCAGUUGUCGAGGAAAGACAAGAGCACGUCAUUCGGAUGACCUCGUCUAGUCGUCGAGGAAAGACGAGCACGCCCUUUGGAUGACCUCAUCCAGUCGUCGGGGAAAGACAAGAGCACGUCCUUUGGAUGACCUUGUCCAGUCGUCGAGGAAAGACAAGAGCACGUCCUUCGGAUGACCUUGUCCAGUCGUCGAGGAAAGACAAGAGCACGUCCUUCGGAUGACUUCGUCCAGUCGUCGAAGAAAGACGAGCACGUCCUUCGGAUGACUUCGUCCAGUCGUCGAAGAAAGACAAGAGCACGUCCUUUGAAUGACCUUCAGUCGUCUAGGAAGGACAAGGGCAUCUACUUCUGAUGUCCUCAUCUAGACAUCCAGGUAGGAAGAGUGCACACUCUUCUAAUGACCUCGUCCAGUCAUCUUGGAAGGAGAAGGGUGUGCCCUUCUGAUGACCUCCUUUAGUCAUCCAGGAAGGACAAGAGCAUUCACUUCUGAUGUCCUCAUCCAGUCUUCCAGGAAGGAUAAGGGUGUACCACUUCUGAUGAUUUUUUUCAGUGAUCCAGGAAGGGCAAGGGUGUGCCCUUCUGAUGACCUCCUUCAGUCAUCUAGGAAGCACAAGGUCAUCUAAUUCUGAUGACCUCAUCCAGUCAUCCAGGUAGGAAGAGAGCACACUCUUCUAAUGACCUCCUAAGGGCAAGGGCAUGACCUUCUAAUGACCUCCUUCAGUCAUCUAGAAAAGACAAAAGCACACCCUUCUGAUGAGAUCUUCCAGUCAUCCAGGAAGAACAAAGGCACACCCUUUUGAUGACCUUUAGUCAUCCAGGAAGGAUAAGGGUGUGCCCUUCUGAUGACCUCCUUCAGUCAUCUAGGAAGCACAACGGCAUGGCCUUCUGAUGAGGUCCUUCAGUCAUCCAGGAAUGACAAAGGCACACCCUUCUGAUGACCUCAUUUAGUCAUCCAGGAAGAACAAAAGCACAUUUUCUGAUGACCCAGUGCUUCUCUGUGUGCUAUGCCACAUCAGUAGACAUAAACGUUGUGCGUUCGUGCAUGCGUGCAUGUUUAAAUCUCGUUGGCAUUUUGAGAGUGUUGUGAAACACUUUAAUGGAAAUGUGGGUGGGGCUAACGGCGCAGGGGAGGGGGGUCUAUGGAGGCAGGGUAGCUCGACAUGAGACAGACAGGUGUCUGAAUUGGGCAUGAUGACACACCUGAGCAUGCUUAGAACACGAAGGGGUGUGAUUGUCCAGAGGUAUUUAGUAAUAAAGUGAUGCGCGAAAUAAGGUUGUUAUAUUAGGACACUGUUUAAAAUGUAUUGUAUUUUAAUUUCAGUGCUGUGCACUUUCCUUCCUGUUCCUGUGACUUCCGUACCGCACAUAUAAUUUGUUUAGAUGUACGCGACAUAAUUUGUGCGCAAGAUGCUACUGGCAUGGUAUCAAAUGCGUUUUAUUCUGUAUAUACAUCAAGAGUAGAUAAUAACACAUGAUGUAUAGAACCAAGUCAAGCAAAGAAGAAUACAAUUUAGUUAAGAGGUUUGUUUAGUGUUAGAAACCACUUUAAGUGUUUUGAUCUAAUAGCUUCUAGUUUAUCUGUACAGGUCCAAGAGAGAAAAGGAUAAAGCACACAAUCCGUCCAGAGCGUAUAAAUCAAGUUGAUUUAUAUGCUCUGAUCCGUCCAUGAACUGGAUUUGCACGUUCAGUGGGUUUUCUAUCUAGUCAUUGAAAAUUUUUACAUUUUGUUAAUGCAUGCCUGCACGCGCAUAUGUCACUUUGUUUGUGUGUGUAUGUGUGUAUGUGUGUGUGUGUGUGUGUGUGUGUGUGUGUGUG